UCCGCUUCUUUCUCGCUUGUCUGCAAGCAAAGCUCUGUUCAACCUACAACAGCCCUACAGCCCCACACCAUACUUUACGGGGUUUCGUGGAUCUGACGUUUCCUACGAGUGCCACGCGCGAAGCAUACAACAUUCCCUGCGGAACUUAUACCAACGAACGAGAGAUGGAUUCCCCGCGCUCCGAUCGGGCGAGCAGACGCCGCAGUGAAGGAGGCAGAAGCAGUAGCAGACGUCGAACCGCUGACUGCGAGGACGAGCCGAGCAGCAGCAAUAGUGGUCGACCGCCGCCAUCGCGCCGCGGAAGUGGCAUCGCCGCCCCAAUAGUCACCGUGCGGGCGAGCGCCAACCGUACGCCCACCACGGCCGAGUCGACCACUCCCACGUUACGGAUACCACCGGAGGAGGCACAGGCACAGAUCAUCACCCUCGAGAGCCAGAUCGAACGGCUGCAGCUACGGCUGCUGGAAAAUCGACUACUGGAGAGCCGCGAGAGUGCCCGCGCGAAUCGCAUGAGAGUCGAGCUGGAGACCUUGCCCCCACCUCCACUGUUUGAUCGCAGUCCCAUGACGCCAUUGGUCCGUACGCCAAAUAAUGGGCUGAGAACGCCGAAUAAUGGACCGGCUAGUCCGCGCACGCCCGGUGGUGUGAGGUUGUCGCAAAAUACGGCCGGUGGCGCCAAUGGGAGUGGACAUGAUGGAGAGGAUAUGAGGAGGAAUAUUCGACAAAGGCUCGGUGAUCUUGUUAGGGAUCUUCCGUCUGAACAGAACAGUCCGGUUCCGUACUUUCCGUCGCCGAUCAUUGGUUUGAGGGAAACGGUUAGGCCGAGGAGUAUGGCGUUGGGGUCCGAGACUACAGCGAGACCAUCCGGAUGGCCCCGCAGAAGAUCUGUUGCGGAGACACCAUCCGAGCCGCCUUGGGCCGAACUGGCGACCCGUGCUUCGAGGGGAUUAUGGAGACUCGAAGACGGUCAGGAUAUAGACUCGGAGCUAGAAUCACUGCAUGAAUCGGCGGCGCGUAGACACUUGUAUGCGGCGAACAGGAGUCUAGCAACUGCGACACGGGAAGCCGAGAGGUCCCGUAUCAUGGGAAACAGGACACCCAGCAGGGAGGAUCCACCCUUGAUACUAUCACCGAUGGAUGCGGAAGCAGAGGAGCGGUUGAGGGCUGUGUGGGAUGAUCACGAUGGUGAUGAUUACGCUUCUUCCCAAAUAUCCUCACUGUAAGUUUAACCGCCAUCACCUCACGUGGCCCCUACAACUAAUCGAAGGUUUCGCAAUAGAUUCCAGCGCCCUUGGGCCCCCCGCGAGGCGCGUCACUAUUCCGUUGUCAGAACCAAUACCAGAGCUCAAGUGGCG